AUGACAGACAACUACAAGCGCAUCAACGCCCUCACAAACAAGAAGCUCCAAGAGGACGGCUACUACGUCAUCAAGCAGACCCUGCCUAAGGAUGGCUAUUACAGCAAGGCUCCAGAAGAGAUGAAGCAGCUGAUUGACAAACUGGGUUACCAGCAUGCCUGGAUCGUGGUUGGCCAGGUCAAGAAGUUCAGGGACAAGCUAGAUUUCCAGGCAAUGAUGUAUGACCUUAAAAUGUACGAUCCGUACUAUAUGGGCAGCAAGACCUAUAUCGGAGAAAAGGAUUGGAUAGCCCCCAAGUCAUCGAAUCUUCAAUAUCUCGGCGAGCUUGAUGGCCAAGAUGUUGAGCGGGUUGAGGAUUGGAUUAAAGAAUGGAAGGGGGACGAAGACGACGAGGAUAACCAGCACAUCGACUUUAGCACCGACCAAAAUAACUGCGCCACGUUCGUUGACUGGAUGGCAGAGCAGUUCGGCUUCUAG